AAUAUAUGGUAUUAUUUACUUUUUUUAUUAAUGUUUUGGUUGGGAGAAUUUCAGAAUGAGUUAUAUUUUUCAAUAAUUUAUUUGGUAUUUGCGGUUUGUGAAGGUUCUUUAGGACUUGGUAUUUUGAUUUCUAUGGUACGUUCUCAUGGGAAUGACUUUUUUCAGUCUUUUAUGAAUAUUUUGAUGAAUGGUUCAGUUUAUAUUUUUUUGAUAGCUUUUUUAUUUAUAGUAUCUAUUAAUUUGAGUGGAAAUAUUGAAGGUUUAAGGUAUAUACUAGGGUAUGAUUUAUUAUCUUAUGGUAGUUUAAUUCCUACGUUAUUUUUAAUUUUAGGAUGGGGUUACCAGCCCGAACGUGUGAAUGGAACUUUACAUUUAUAUGGAUUUUGGGGUGAUGAGGUUAGUAAUAUAUAUGUAUAUUUAUGUAUAAUUAUUGCGUUUUUAGUUAAGAUGCCUAUAUUUAUGGCUCAUGUUGAGGCACCUAUUUCUGGUUCUAUAGUGUUGGCAGGUGUUUUAUUCAAAUUAAUUGGAGACUUUUUAAUAGGGUUGGUAUCUUUACGUCAGGUGGAUUUGAAAUCAUUAAUUGCUUAUUCAUCUGUUGUACAUAUAGGAAUAGUUUUAGGUGGUUUAAUGACCCUAAAUUCUUGA